AUGUCUCAAAAGAAAUUGAAUCAAGAAAUUGAUAAACUUUUGAAAAAGGUUAAAGAGGGAUUAGAAGAAUUUGAUAUCAUUCAUGAUAAAUUUCAAAUUACAGAUCCCCAAAAUACUUCAUAUAGAGAAAAAUUAGAAAGUGAUCUAAAGAGAGAAAUUAAAAAAUUACAAAAACAUAGAGAACAAAUUAAGACUUGGAUUAGUAAAGAAGAUGUUAAAGAUAAAGCAUCGAUAUUAUUGGAACAUAGACGACUUGUAGAAAAUGAUAUGGAAAGAUUUAAAACAAUUGAAAAAUUGAUGAAAACAAAACAAUUCUCAAAGGAAGCUUUAUCAAAUCCUGAUAUUAUCUUAGAUCCAAGAGAUGCUCAUAAGAAUAACCAAAUGCAAUUCAUACAGGAUUCUUUAAACGAACUACAGAAACAAACUGAAAUAUAUGAAGGUCAAUUGGAAGCUAAUAAUGAUGGUGAUGGAGAUUUGGAUGAAGACGAUGUUUCAUCUGUGGAAUUUCAAAUUUCAAGGCAUGAAUUUCAUAUUGCAAAUUUAGAAAACAUUUUAAAACUUUUACAAAAUAAUGAAAUGGAUCCAAAAAAGGUUGACGAAUUUCAAGAAGAUAUUACUUAUUAUGUUGAAAAUAAUGAUGAUCCAGAUUUUGUAGAAUAUGAUACAUUAUAUGAAGAUAUGGGUUGUGAAGUUUCAACAAAUGGUGUAUCAAAGACUAACAUUGAUGAUAUAAACAUAGAUGAAUCCACAAUAGUUGCAACUACCCAUAAUAAUAAUACUAAUACCAAUAAUGGUACUGGUAUUACCCCUGUUACAACUGCUACUACUGCAGCAUCUACAAAAAAUGACGAACCAGCAACGACUACGGCAACUAUAACUACAACUACAACUACAAAAUCAGAAAAGUCACCAAGAAAGAAAAAACAAGUGUUAAAGGAUUUUGCUAGUAAUGCAUCUACACUAAGUAAACUAGAAGCUGAAAAAACAACUACUGGUCCUACUAAUGAUGGUUCUCAACCAUCCACAUCAGUAGCAACUUCAUCAAAUAUGAAAUCCAAACCAGAAGUUAAAGAUCAAUUAGAAUUGGAAUUUCCAAAGGAUAAAUCAGAAGAAAUUGAAAAACAAUUACAAAAUGAUAUUGAAAGUAAUGAUGCAUUCAAAAAUCCUUUAUUUAGUGAAGAAUUGAAAUUUUGGCUAAAUUCUAAAAGAGCUUUAUUACAACCUCAUCAAGAUAUGCCAUCCACAAUGUUACAACAAUUAGAAUCCUCACUGUUGAAUUGUCCAGAUUCAUUAGAUGCAGACUCUCCCUAUUUAUACAAAAAACCAUUAUCAUUACCUCAUCCAACAUCGAUUUUCUUCCCAAGUGAACCAAUUAGAUUCACACAUCAAGUAGAAAUUAAGCCAAUAACAAAUGAUUCUAAAGAUAAUGAACAUCAAAAUAAUAUAUCCACUGAUAAUAAUAGUAAUAAUAAUAACAUUGAUGAAGAUAAUAACCGUAGAUUGAAAAAGACAGAAACACAAACUAACGAUAUUUAUUCAAAUACUUCAAUGGCAAGAAUCCUAACAAAGUUCGAUCUAGACACUUUAUUUUUCAUCUUUUAUCAUUAUCAAGGAACAUAUGAACAGUUCCUGUCUGCAAGAGAAUUACAUAGAAACAGAAACUGGGUAUUUAAUAAAGUAGAUCGUUGUUGGUAUUACAAGGAAAUUGAAAAAUUACCACCUGGAAUGAAUAGAUCUGAAGAAGAAUCGUGGAGAUAUUUUGAUUACAAAAAGAGUUGGUUAUCUAGAAGAUGUGGUCCUGGAUUUGUCUACAAAGAAGAAGAAUUUGAAAAAUUAUAA